AUGGCUGGCACCUGUGACCAGAAUCAGUUUUACAUCAGCGUGAAGUUCGGGAGUCACGGCUCUAAUUUCAAGGCUAUCGUUGGACCUCGAGAGCUGACGGCUGAGAUGGCUGAAGACUACAAUUUCUAUGAGAACGGCACACACCUCAGCCUCAUUCUGCCAUACACUGCCAAGGACGCUGUUUUCGAGCUGCUCACUGCAGAAUCAGUCAAAUCCAGAAUUGACCUGCUUCUGUUGGAUCGUGCAAACGACUGGGUGCUUGCUGAUCUCUAUCUGGCUUGCUACUUCCCCUUAAAAGCAACAGAGUGCCACCCCAAUGGCACAAUGACCGCUGUGGCUGUGAAGGUUGAAUCGACUCGUAAUCUGAAGCCAAGUCAGCUGACGCUAAAGGACCAGUCCUGCACACCACAGUUCAGCGACGAUCGCGUUGCAUAUUUUUCCUUCAGUGUGGAUACCUGUGGAACCACCAGAACGUUCUUUGACAACUACAUGAUGUAUGAAAAUGAGAUCCGCCUGUCUUACAACAACGCCAAAGGAGCAGCAAACACAUCACCAGUUGAUCCUGAUUACAGGUGGAGCCUCUCCGUCAACAGUGUGGAAGCUGUGCGAUAUCAGGCUCAACAUGUUCGAGAUGCACUUUUGGAGGUGAGGGACAAGGCCACUGACAUGAUGAUCAAAAUAGAGGCACAGUCUUUGGCUGAGGAAGUGGGGUCCUACCGCUUCUCCAUUUGCACUGUGGUGUGGUACGACAUCAUCAGUAAAGUCAAACAGUCAAUGCAACUUGACAUCGCAGUUGACCUCCUGAGAAAGACAAAGGCCACCCUGGAAGACUACAGAGCCACUGGAUUUGCCUCUGCUCAGAUCAGUGCUAAAGACAUGUGA